AUGAGUAGACACUAUCGAUGUGAUAUAAAUACGGAUGAUAUAUUAUGGAUAGGUGGCGAUCGUAAUCUAUUGAAAUUUAAUCAUAACGGGCAAAAUCUUAUCAACAAUUAUACACAACCUAAUGAUGCUGGUAGAGAUUUUGUUUUAGACAAGCAAAAGCAAGUAAUUAUACGACCGUGGCAAAGUAUGACUGAUUUACCAUGGAAGUAUGUUGUAUCAUCAUAUGACGUCUCAAUACGAGAAAUUACACUACGCUGGAAUUGGCAUCCACUUUCGUUGAUUGUUGCAAAUGAUGAUAUGACAACACCUAGUAUAGAUGACAAAGGUAUAGUUUAUAUGUCUAGCAUGUCUCUCGUAUUUGCUAUCGCCAAUGUGGGAAUAACAGUAUGGACAAGUGAAUUGGCAACACCAAGUUAA